UUUCUAUUGCAAAUCGUCCAUCGUACUCCACGAGCGGCUUCUGAGUCCGAAAUUCUUUUCUUGGAGUUGCUUGUUCCAGUCACAUUCAGACUUCCAUACAACAUUGUUUUCCGCAUCAAUUUCCUGGACCAAUUCCUUCCACUUGGAUUGUCAUCCUACUACAGUAAAGGGCGAAUCUCUUUGUACGUCGUCAACACCCAUCCGAAUCGGCAAUGCGUGGAGAUUUUCACAUAUCACAAAGAGAAGAAUGUUCUUUUCCAUAGGAAAUCUGUUUGCGACGCAGGAUUCUCG